AUGGUACGAGUGUGGUUGUCAUUUUUAUUACUAAACUACAUUAAUUUAAGUGGAAUUCAAUGUGCCAAAAUACUUGCAGUGUUUCCAACUCCCUCCAUAAGUCACCAAGUAGUUUUCCGUCCUUACAUCCAUGAAUUGGUUAAGCGAGGACAUGAAGUCGUUUUGGUUACGCCGGAUCCCGCUUUUCCAAAAGGACAAGCUCCCGCCAACCUAACUGAAAUUGAUGUGCACGACAUAUCAUAUGAUCAUUGGGAAGAUCUUCUGAGUAUACACGAUGGUAAGAAAAGAAAUAUCCUAAAACAAUUUACAAUGUUGGUCGAAAAAGUCACAUCUAUGUUUGAAAAGCAGUUACAUACACCAGAAUUUCAACGAAUAUUAAAAGAGGAAAAGGAUACCUUUGAUCUAAUAGUAGUUGAAGGGUUCUAUCGAACUGCACUUGGUCUAGGCCAUCUAUUGAAGAAGCCAAUAAUUCUAUUCAAUUCCUUUGGAGGUAUGUCAUAUCAGUUCGAUCUAAUUGGAGCUCCCAUGCAUCCAAUUGUCUUUCCUACACCUGUCAGCCAACGAGUGUACAACUUGAGUAUGGUGGAAAAAUGCUGGGAGUUCCUCAAAUAUGUCAUCAUAGAAUACUUGGUAGUACACACAAACGAUUAUGACCUUGAUAUUGCGAAAAGUAACUUUGGUGAGGACAUGCCACGCUUUGAAGAGGUGUAUGAUAAGUACGUUCAUAUGCUGAUAUUGAACGAGCAUCGAAUAUGGGCUGAUAACCGUCCAAUCCCACCAAAUGUAUUAUUCGUUGGUGGAAUUCACAAAACACCUGAUAUGGCACUUCCUUCAGAUCUUCAAGAAUAUCUGAAUUCUUCAAUGAAUGGCGUCAUAUAUGUUAGCUUCGGAACAAAUGUAAGAACAAAAUCACUAUCUGAAGAAACUGUGAAGCUAAUGGUAAAAGUAUUUGCAGAAUUACCGUACAAAAUAUUAUGGAAGUGGGAUGAAGAUGAAUUACCUGGCAAACCGAGUAAUGUGAAGAUAUCGAAAUGGUUACCCCAGGCUCAAUUGCUAAAGCAUCCGAACAUAAAAUUGUUUAUAACACAAGGCGGUCUUCAAUCGACGGAUGAAAGCAUAAAUGCUGGUGUACCAGUUAUAGGCAUUCCCAUGUUAGGAGACCAGUGGUAUAACACAGAGAAGUAUGUUCAUCACAAGGUUGGGUUACAACUGGAUAUUCAUUCACUAACAGAAGAAACAUUCAAGGAAGCUAUCAAAACUGUUAUAGAGAACAAGAGCUAUAAAGAAAACAUGCUAAAGCUUCGCACGCUAAUGCAAGAUCAGCCAAUCAAGCCCCUGGAUUUGGCAAUAUGGUGGACUGAGUACAUCCUUCGUUUUGGCGGGAAACAUUUAAGAUCUCCAGCCACGAAUAUGUCAUGGUCCACGUAUUAUGAAUUACCCCUAGUGUUUACUUUAUUGUCGACAGCAUGUGUUUUAAUUGUAUCAUUCAUAUUGGUGAUACGUUUUACUGUGGGGCUUGUUUUUAAAAGUGUAAAAAUUAAACCAAAAACAAGUUAG